GGCUUAGAUUCAGAGUUAGGAAAAAGGGAAUGACUUAGGGGCUAGUCAUGGACUUUGUCGGCAUGAUAAGUUAGUAAAGAUAUGAGUCUUUCGUUUUGGUGGUGGGUCUAACGUACCUUUGUCUAAACGCCCCCCACUGAAAGAUAAUACCAUGCCACAACGCACUCGGGGUGACACUCCUUCCAGUGGUGAUGGCAGCCAUUCACAGGGCAACUAUAUGGGAGGUAUAGCAGCCCAAGCAAUACAAACGCUAUUAACACAGUCGCUACCACAAGGUACCUCCCUGGGUCCAGCACCUACUUUGGGUACUUCCGAGCCCAGUGUGGGUGGUGUUCCCAGGCGAAACAUCUCUCUUGACAAUUCUCAAGUAACAUUACAAUCACAACAACACAUGAGACAAGGCACCCUUGAUUCCCAUAUCACCACUCAGGUUCCUAAUUUUCACCUAACCAUGAUGACCCCGCCCUUAACCUAACCCCUAAAUCCAACCUAAAUGUCCUGAAUCUUACCCCCUAUUUGUUCUCCUCAGAGGAGCUUGAGGUCCUUCAGCUUGGCCUAAGUUUUUGCCCAUCCAUGAAAAGCGAUAAAUACGAAAUAAUUAAAGAUAUUUAUCUUUUUUGUCGCAAUUUAACAUAUAAAUUUUUAUUUGAUGAAAAUCGCUUACGUAAUAUCCAAGAAAAACAUAUGACUGAACAAGUGAAAAAUUUCACUAUGGACGAUUUUAGAGCCCUUAGGGACCUCAUGCUCCUCCUUGACGAAAACACAUCCCCUUCCCCCGAUCCUCUCCUUUGUUCGGAAUCACUGUCAUCUACUAUAUCUUCUAAUCCUUCUACCAAAAAAUUCAAAUUAAAAUCCCAACGCUUUCCAGACUUAACAAGCAAUUCAAAUAUAUGGGCUUUCCUUCUAAGUACUAUAAAUGAUUGUAAACAAAUGGACACUAAUGUAUUGACUAAUAAUCUCUCUAAAAAACAACGACAAGCUAUCAUGAACCUUCAAAACCAUCCGGAUCUUGAGAUAAAAGCGUCCGACAAGGGAGGUAAUGUGGUCCUUAUGACCAAGGCCAAUUAUGAGAAAAUGGUAUUCCACAUCUUAAACAACAAAGAGUGGUAUAGACGUAUCAACGAUACACAAAUAGCUCUAUUUAAAAAUGAAUUCCUAUCCAUUAUUGGCCUUGCUCAUCAAAGAGGUCUCAUAGACCAAGAUUUGUACAACUACCUUAAUAUUCGCAACCCAAGAACUGCAACUUUCUAUGCAUUACCCAAAAUCCACAAACACCCUCUUACUCCCCCAGGUAGACCGAUAGUGUCCGGCAUAGGUUCUUUGACUGAAAAUGCCAGCCGGUUUGUAGACUCCAUCCUCAUGCCCCAUGUACUUACUUUGCCCUCGUAUACCCGAGAUACCCUGGACCUUCUUAAACAAAUUGAGGAUAUGGUCGUGCCUCGGGAUGCCCUCCUCGUGACCUUGGACGUGGAGGCAUUAUACUCCAGUAUCCCUCACGAGUUGGGCAUCUCGACAGCACGUACCUUCCUCCGUGAACAGGACCAUCACCAUUGGAACUAUAUUGAUUUUGUAAUAGACCUUUUACGAUUUAUUCUUACACGUAAUCAUUUCGUUUUCAAAGAGUCCCACUUCCUCCAGGUGCAGGGCGUAGCCAUGGGCACUUGCUGUGCCCCUGGCUACGCCAAUCUGUACCUGGGGGGGUGGGAACGUGAUAUUUUUUCGGAUGAGGACUUGUCGAUGUACACUGGCCAUGUGAUCAACUGGCUUAGGUACAUCGACGACAUCUUCAUCAUCUGGUCAGGUACCAGUUCCCAACUAUAUCAAUUUAUCGAUAUUCUUAAUGUUAAUGAACGCAAUUUAAAAUUCACGUUCACUGCAUCUUCAGACCAGGUCACCUUUCUUGACCUCACCAUCUUAAAGGAUGGCGAUGGCAGAAUUACCUCCUCUCUCUUUAGAAAGGAGACCGCAGGUAACACCCUACUACACGCCACUAGUGCACAUCCAACUAACCUCCUUAAAAGCAUACCUUAUGCACAAUACCUUCGUUUACGAAGGAAUUGCACUAUGACAAAAGAUUUCCUGUUACAGGCUAACCUACUCAGGCAACGGUUGUUGUUGAGAGGUUACAGUAAAUCCUUACUACGGAAAGCAUUCAAUAAGGCUGCACGACAAUCUCGUAUCAACUUACUAUUUAAACAAAAAGUCAACACAGAGUCGCAACCAGUAAGAUUCAUUACGCGGUACUCAAGCCAUCACAUCGAGGUGCGUAAUAUUCUAAAUAAACAUUGGUCACUUUUGACUAACGAUCCCAUCCUCAGUAAUUACAUUGGCCAAAGACCAGAUAUUACUUUUAAAAGAUCUCGCUCACUUAGAGAUAAAUUGACUUCUAGUCACUACAAAACAAAUUCAAAUCAACAACGACCUCCAAAUGGUAUGAUGAGAUGUGGCAGGUGCAAUUUUUGUCCUUGGGUUAGAGAGGGUACUACUUUUUCUUUACCCAAUGGUGAAAUUUUUACCCCCAAUUUUUAUGCGGACUGUAAUACUCAGGGAAUCAUUUACCUUAUGACGUGUAGCUGCCAUGCAUUUUACGUGGGCAAAACCAUCAGAAACUUCAAGCAUAGAAUUAGGGAUCAUGUCUAUUACUCCUCCCAAGGAAAAAUGGUAACAUCAGUCAGCCGUCACCUUGACCUAUAUCAUAAAUUUAAUACCUCAGUUGCCUCGUUUAUAGUACUUGCUAUUGUCCCCAAAGAUUGCCGUGGAGGCAACUGGGACAAGCAGGUACUCCAAAAAGAAACUUAUUGGAUCGAGCGUUUGGAUGCCUUACGGCCCCCAGGCAUUAAUGAGGCACAGUCUUAUAAAUCCUUCUUGUAGUAACAUUAAGCUAAUUGGGUAUACUUUUAUAUUUUUGAAAUUUUCUUAUUCAUUUUUUUCUAUUAGCACCUAAGUACUACUCUGGACUUUUCUGACUGCCUUGUCACCAUGGCCCUGUCAUUUGCUGAACUAGAUGUCAGAGUAGCCAAUCAUACCGCUCAUUUAACUAUGUUCUUAGAUCACUGGUUUAUUGGGAUUUUUUCCAGUUGUCCUUCUCUCUGUACUCAUUUACUGUACCCCUGUUUUCUAUACGAGGUCCUCUAUGCUGUAUAAUUAAAUAACAUGUGUACAUUUGGAAGAUCUAUCCACUUCCAUACCUUAUAAAUAAAUACUAAUGUUUUUUGCAUUUAAUAUGGUUGUGCUCCUUUUCUGCAACUGUGGUGAGAUUUGGAUGAAGUAUCCUCCCCCCUGUGAUCUCUUCCAGACGUGAUGCCCUUUUCUUUGUCCCUCCUAUUUAUUCCAUGCGAUGUGGCCGCUUGAGAUACAGCUUUUCCAUCCUUGUUGUAUCUCAAUAUGUCCACUAGAUGGCGUGCAAUCGCCAUCGAAUGGUGCAUAAACUUCAGUACUGCGCGCGCACCGCAUCUGGUGCGCGCGCACCUGCAGUUACUUUGCGGCCAGCACAGAUGACAUCACCCGGCAGCGCCGCGGUAGUUGUCGAUCUGGGGCGAGACUCGAGGCUAUUUAAAGCCCUCAAGCCCUACACACUAUCCGCAGCCUCUUGUGAGGCAAACGAACCAACGACACGUGUGGCGAGUGUUGCAUACUGGUAAGCCUAAUUCUCUAUCUCUAAACAUGCCCUUCAUACUUUUGUGUGGCCGAUUCAUUAGGCUCACAGUCUCCUUUCCUCUAUAUUUUGUUUCAGUGACUGGUCUAUCGAGGUAAUCCCUGCCCCUGUCUCCUUGAAUUGCUCUAAAGAUUGACACUGGGUUUUUUUCAAACACCCUAAACUUAUACUCGCUGAAUGCAGUCUUGUUAUGAGCCAUUGCAAACUCUAUAUAUAAAUGGUUCCAAAUAUUGGCCCUUGCCGCCCAUGUUACGUCGUUUAAUUCUCUUUGGGGUUACAAAUUCAAUUCCUUGCUAGCCCGUGCUACAUAUCUCUCUAUGCAGAGAGUAUCAAGCCAAGCUAGUCCACAGUUAUUUUGUCUGUACUUCUUUUUAUAGGUAAGCAAACUUAGUCUAAACCCUAUUACUUAUCAUAUUCCAAUUUCAUUAUGCCUCCUGUCUCCUUCGUACUGGAAUUUUUGGGACUGGAAUUCCAGGCAUCUUGUCUGCUCUCUGUGGCUAUUUCCACAAUGUUCAUGGGGGUGACUCUUUUUUGUCCUUUCUCACCAUAUUGCAUGCUAUAGGAGCACUCCGGUUUCUUAAAUAUCUAUAUAGGCUGUUAUAUAUUUUUCUGUUCUAUAUCAAUAUGUUAUAUAUGUAUAUUUGUCUCCUUCACCAAUUUAGCACAUUGACUCCACUAAGUCCUUCGAGGAAGCGCUCAGAUACAGCGCGAAACAUGUCAGGACUCCGAUCAACCCAGCGCAAGUGCUAAAAAUCUCCAGUUGCUGAUGAUUUUCUUUAGAAGCUUUUGUAUUUAUUUAUGGUUCCAACUAUCAGUCCGCUUUUGGACAUCUAGUCUAGUAUUAUAUUAAUUGGUGCUAGUACUGUAUAACCAGAUUUAAUCUUCUAAGCUACAUCAAUUACUGUGAACGCUGUACUGAUCAAAUGCUAUGUGUAAUUUAUGUGUACUCUUUGGAGGAAAACUUUUAAAAUAUAUAUUUUUUUGUAAUAAAUAUUUUUAUAUAUAAAGUCAGUUUUCGAAAGACUCAUAUCUUUACUAACUUAUCAUGCCGACAAAGUCCAUGACUAGCCCCUAAGUCAUUCCCUUUUUCAAAAUUUGUUUAGGACGUGGCAUAUGAAAAAACAUCAUGCAUCCACAUGUGCACUACAUGUGAGGAUGUAUUAACUCUUUAAUCUAGAUUCAGAGUUAGGUCGGCUUAUCUGUAGAUAAGCCGGCCUAACUCUUUGUGAAUCUAGCUAUUGAUAUCUAGAUCUACAUUUAGGCCUUGAGGUACAAGUGUAAAUGAAUGAAUAAAGUGUACACAUUUCAUAAAUCUACCAGAUUGCCCCUGUUUAUCUCUCAACACAUUACCCCUCUCCAGUGCAGGUUGAUUUUAUCUAUCACUACAAACUUAAUGCUGGUGGGUUUCUCAUUAGUACCACUCUCAAGUGAGAUUUUCUGGGAGGGCUUAUAUAGUUCCUUUUCUGCUUGUGUCUAAUCACCUAAAGGUACAUGCCUACAACCCAUUUGUCUAUGAAUCUGCCUGUGUUACUGUACCGUUUUCCAAAAAAAAAAAAAAAACAGCAGCAACCUUCGUAAGCUGAUUAUAGGUGAUCUUUUUUUUUUUUUUUUUUUUUUUUUAAGUACCUAUAAAAGUUGAUUUUUUGAAUUUUUUUUUAUCUGCUGCUGGGUUGUAACCCUCCAGUACGUGUAUCACUUUUUUUAUGCCACUAAGCCGAAGGGCACAGAAGACCUUGUUACUGCCCAGUUUUUCAAUGCUGUAUGCAAUGAUCAUACAGAUUCUUUAGAAAUAGGAAAUGCAUCUGUCCAUUCCACUUGAAAAAAAUGUAGGUCUUUUUAAAAGCACUGGCAAGCUAGCACCAAGAUUUGCUAAUGCCAUGAGAAUUCUUAGUUUGGCGUUCUCAGUAGAUAAUACUGUUUCAGUUGGUUUAUGCCACUGUGUAAUUGUUUUGCAUCUAAUCAGAAUUGUGGAUUACUGUUUUACACCUAUUUGAUUCCAAGAUUGAUGUGUAAGCCAUUAUGGCUUUCCUUUACAAAAGAAUAAAUAGUGCAGUUUAGGAACGCAUAAUCAGAAAUCUGUAAUCAGACAAAUUUUAAAUCUUUUCUGAGCACUUGUACAUUGUGGGUCUGUACAACAUCUGCACUUUGUAUAACUGGAUUACAUACUAACGCAGGAUAAAUUAAUAGUAUUUUGGUUUUGAUCUUUUGGCUGCAAGUUAGGUAUUUAUGCACAUUUGCACUUUGUUAAAUAAACCCCAUGUAUAAUAAUGAACGCCUUCACGUGUGUGUGGGCUUCAAGCAUAAUUUCAAAAUCGUAUAUUAAAGGCAGCCUUUCAUUAAAGCAGUUUUUUUUUUGUUAUGUGCCUUUUAAAUGUACACUACAGUCAUGUAGUCUGCUGUUAUACCAAAUAAAAGUGCCAGGUUUAUUGCAA